AUGUCGCGCUUUGUCUCGGGAGGAACGGUGGACAAACCCACGGAGCGCAAUGAUGAAUGGUUGAAGGCCCAGGAACAAAUUGAAGCUGCGCGACGGAAGAAGGAGGAUGAAAGCAGACAGCACGGAGGGAAGAGCUUGUACGAGGUCCUUCAGGCUAAUANNAAGGUGUAUGCGAAGCAGGAAGCCUUCGAAGAGGCAACUAAACUCAAAAAUCAAUUCAGAUCAUUGGAUCAAGAUGAAGUCGAAUUUCUGGACACGGUCAUGGAAUCGACCCGAGCCAAGGAGGAAGCCGUGAAGAAGGAAACUGCCGAGCGACUCGAAGCCUUCAGGCGGCAGCAAGAGGAUACCGAGAAAGCGUCCCGUGGAGCUGCGCCUGAAGCGAGCAAUCAAUCUGAAAGCGAUACAUGGGCCUUCAAUGCUCGCAAGCGCAAACGAACCAAGGAGAAGGAAGCGAUUGCGGGUCUCAAGCUGCGCAAGAGCUCUUCGUCCGCGACCCAGCUGACUCCGGAUGCAGCAGCAGCAACAGGAGCAUCAGACGACAAGAAUCAAUCACUAUCGAGUCCCGCACCUACACCUGCCAGCCAGUCGGCCAAAUCCGUGCAACCACCCGCCGCAGCGAUAGACAAGGCUGUUAUUGACAAGGUGGACCAGGCACCAGCGGCCGCUGCUGCUUCAACAGCUCCGGCUCCCGCUGCUGCACUUGGUCUCGCGGCCUACUCAUCCGACGACGACGAUGAUUGA